AACCCAGUUUCCUCACCUUCCGUUCCAGGCGUGUCCUGGUUCUGUGAGAAGCCGUCGCACAUGCGCUGUGAGGACAGGGUGUCUCACGUCUUCUUACCGGGAAACUUCCCAAACGUCUCCAAGGAUGAGGCUCGUCUCCUGGAUGAAAAUGGUCCGUUUUACAAGAAGACAAUCAAAGCAAAGGGGAAAGACAAGAUCAUCGUUAAAGACAUCGUUAGGAAAGACAUAAAGACAUGUGUGAAGACCCAUCGCCUUCCCAGAUUGCUGUGCGCGGCGCAGAUUCCCGGAAGACCCCCCUGUAUUCCCGGAACCCCCCUCCAGACCCCGGCCGGGUUCUACAUCCAGGACGUGUACAUCUCCACCAUGUGUGAGAACAAACAGUACAACGUGCCCAUGGAGUGGAUGGGCUGCCUGGCCGGUAAGACCAUACAGAUCCUAGGCGACUCCACAGCGCGCCAGCUGUACUACUAUCUGAAGGCAAACCUGCCGGUUAAGGACCUGACUCCGAAGGGCGUUCCGCCGAAAUUCGGACCGUUACAUCUCCGGUACCCACAGACAGACAUCAACAUCAAGUUCAACUUCCACAGCCACCCGGCCAAAACCUUCAGCCCGGUCAAUGUCAAGGACAUCGUGGAUGAAGUGGACCUGAUUGGCGGACUGGAAGGCGGGAAGAACGUGGUCCUGGUGAUCUCCAUAUGGUCACAUUUCGUGCAGACCUUCCUCAGUGCGUACUUGGACCGCAUGCUAGCCGUGCGCGCGGCUGUGGUGCGGCUGCAGACGCGCAGUCCCGACACGUUAGUGGUGCUGAAGUCUGCCAACACCCGCUGGAAUCCUGUCAUCACCACCAGCGACUGGUACGGCUGGCAGCUGGACCAGAUCCAGAGGGAGGUGUUCCGGGACGUUCCUGUGGCCUGGUUGGACGCCUGGGACAUGACGUCAGCAGGGGACCGUCAGGACAACAUCCACCCAGCGGACGCCGUGGUACUGCAGGAGAUACAGAUGUUGAUGUCGUAUAUCUGCCAGUGACUUGAAUAAGCUUAAGCUGUGUCGACAUUUCUCUUUGUAUGGACGUUUAUAUAUACCAAUGAAAUUAACUUGAAAGUCCUUGACAAAGACUGGUACUGAUCAG